UCCGGCAAUACUUCCGACGGCCGUUGUCCCUAGUCACGGAUUCGCCGUCCAAACCCUCAAAGCCAACUGCCGUUCCACUCGUGUCCAAACCGGGUCAAUUCCGCGAGUUUUCUAAUCUUGCAGGUUCAUUGGUUGUGAGCCCGUUGCCGCAAGCCUAUCCUGACGCAAGUAGCCGUUUGUGAAUUCUUGGCGUCGGUCUCGUUUUGGAAAUAAAAAUCCAAUCGAGGACAAGGUGACCGCUAAGUCUCUAAUCAAACAAGAUCGUCCCAUCUUAAACCGUGCCUCGCCUCCACCCACACCAAACACCUUCGCCCAAAGACCAAAAGAGACAUGAUCAGUGCUCUCGGCUCCAUGCAUAUCUAUCAAGUGUUGCUGCUCGUUCUUGUUCUAUUUUUAGUAAUGAUUAGUGAUGUCGAGCUGAGUAAUCAAUGGAGUGCUUCUUCCUGUGGUGACAUUCAUAAUAUAAGCUACCCGUUUCGACUGAUAAGUAAUUCAAAGGGAAAAUGGCACGACCUGACUUGUGAAGAUAAUCGCACUAUUUUCUACUACAAUGAUGGUCGAUACUAUGUGCAGUCUAUCAAUUAUUCCGCUAGCGAAAUCGGAUUGGUUGAUGUUGGGCUACAAAAGGAUAACUGCUCGUCUCUCCCUCAUUAUUCAUGGUUAGGCAGGCCAUACAAAAAUCAAAGUGCAUUGGUCAUUGUGAAUUGUUCAAAGCCGGUUAGUUCUCCAUUCUACAUUGCUUUCGGUCCAUGCAUUAAUGGGUCGCACUCUUCCAACACAUCAUCAAAUUGGAACUUGUAUGCUUUGCUCGGUCCAAAUGCAUCGGACGUUAGGGAUUUUUGCAACAUUAGCAGAUGGACAUGGAUACGUUAUUCUGGGUUUCAAGAACACAUUAACAGUAGCUCCUACAACUAUGAGCUAAUCCAUAGCAUCAUGGCCGAUGGAUUUGUUGUCCCCUACUACAGCAGUCGAUCUCCAUUAAAGAGAACUUCCUUUUGCUACUUUGAUUUGUAUGGCCGCUUUCAUUUCUACAGGUACUUUUAUUCCCGUCGCUUAUACUGGAGCUCCGACGGAGGUGAGGUUUGCACAAGCAAUUACUACAGAGGCAGUGUCCUUGAUGAUAUUGCAUUUUGGACUACUUGGGAUUUUACAAUACUAUUAGUGUUUUUUUGUAUAGCGAAGUUCGUAAUCGGUACACCAUUUGUGGCGAUAUUUCUGAUCUACAAGUACAAAAGAAGGCACUUAGCAAUGGACAAGAACAUCGAAGAAUUUUUGCAAGCUCAUAACAACUUUUUGCCCAUAAGGUACUCUUACUCGAAUAUUAAGAAGAUCACCAGAAAUUUUAAGCACAAAUUAGGUGAAGGGGGAUAUGGCUCUGUAUACAAAGGAAAGCUUAGAAGCGGCGACGAAGUGGCCAUCAAGAUUUUGAAGCAGUCCAAGGCCCAUGGCGAAGAUUUUAUUAACGAAGUGGCUACUAUUGGAAGAAUUCACCAUGUUAAUAUAGUGCAACUCAUCGGUUUUUGCUUUGAAGGCUCGAAACAAGCUCUCGUAUAUGAUCUUAUGCCAAAUGGAUCUUUGGAUAAGCACAUUUUCACCGAGAAAGGUAAGUUUCUUGAUUAUGGGAAAAUAUUUGAGAUUGCUCUUGGAGUGGCAAGGGGGAUUGAAUACUUACAUCGUGGGUGUGACAUGCAAAUAUUACACUUUGAUAUCAAGCCUCACAACAUUCUUUUAGACAAGAAUUUCACUCCGAAAGUUUCUGACUUUGGACUCGCGAAACUCUAUCCCAUUGAUUACAGCAUAGUCUCAUUGACUACUGCAAGAGGGACGUUGGGAUAUAUGGCGCCUGAGUUGUUCUACAAGAACAUUGGUGGUGUAUCUUAUAAAGCAGACGUCUAUAGCUUUGGAAUGUUGCUCAUGGAAAUGGCAGGUAGAAGGAGAAAUAUAAAUGCAAAUGCAGAACAUUCAAGCCAAUUAUAUUUUCCGCUAUGGGUGUACAACCAAGUAAAUGAAGGAGAAAGAGUUGAAAUGGUGGAAGAGGAAAUGAAGGUGAUAAAAAAGAUGAUAAUAGUUGCUCUUUGGUGUAUACAGUUAAACCCUAACCAUCGGCCUUCAAUGAACAAAGUCUUAGAAAUGCUUGAAGGAGAUAUUGCUAAUAUUCAGAUGCCUCCAAAACCACUUAUUUACCCACCAGAUGAGCCUGUAAAUGAUGACAAAGCGGAGAUGGAACUAGAAACAUUCUCAACUUCAUCAAGCACUCUAAUAGUUUCCGCUAGUUUUCCUUUUGGAGAGAGCAAUGAUGUAUAGAGAACCAUGCAUGGUUUGAUUAGAAAAGUUGUGUAAUUGUUAUGUGUCCCCGCAAUCUAGAUUGUAUAUGGGGAUACUUGAGCUAGUUUAGCUCGACAGUAAUUACUUUCAAGAUUGUCUUCUUGUAGCUCUUAUGUUCAUAAUGGGUUAUUGUAUUUCAUUUA